CCUCCGCGCGCGGGGGCCCGGCCACUUGGAGCAGCUCUGCCGCGGGGACUGCACUGUCCGCCCUGCCAGACCCGCCCCGACUGGGGCUCGCCGUCGCCAGCAGUCAGUACUGCGACCUCGGGCCCUUCGCCGGCUAUGGCUGCGUCCUGGGGCUGAGCCCGCAGGUUGUGUGACCAAGAUUUGCAAAGAGAGAGAGACUGAUACAGAAAGAGAAGAAGGAGGGGCGGGCUCCUGGCAAGGCGUUUGCUCCUGAGCAGAGUCCUGCAAAGAUGGAGAAGGAAGAAGAGACAACCCGGGAGCUGCUGCUGCCCAACUGGCAGGGCAGUGGUUCCCACGGGCUGACCAUUGCCCAGAGGGACGAUGGAGUCUUUGUACAGGAGGUGAUGCAGAACUCCCCUGCGGCCCGCACUGGGGUGGUCAAGGAGGGGGACCAGAUUGUGGGUGCCACCAUCUACUUUGACAACCUGCAGUCUGGUGAGGUGACCCAGUUGCUGAAUACCAUGGGGCAUCACACUGUUGGCUUGAAGUUGCACCGUAAAGGGGACCGUUCCCCUGAGCCUGGACAGACCUGGACCCACGAUGUCUUCAGUUCCCGUAGCUCUGAGGUGGUUCUGAGCGGGGAUGAUGAGGACUACCAGCGCAUCUACACCACGAAGAUCAAGCCACGCCUGAGGUCAGAGGACGGAGUAGAAGGGGACCUUGGGGAGACCCAGAGUCGUACCAUCACAGUGACUAGAAGGGUUACAGCCUACACUGUGGAUGUGACCGGUCGGGAAGGCGUGAAGGACAUUGACAUCAGCAGCCCUGAGUUCAUGAUCAAGAUACCAAGGCAUGAAGUGACUGAAAUUUCCAACACAGAUGUGGAAACCCAGCCCGGGAAAACGGUGAUCCGACUGCCCUCGGGAUCUGGGCCAGCCUCUCCAACCACAGGCUCUGCUGUGGAUAUCCGGGCAGGUGCCAUUUCUGCUUCAGGACCAGAGCUUGAAGGUGCUGGCCACUCAAAAUUCCAGGUCACCGUGCCUGGGGCAAAGGUGGGAAGCCUAGAUGUCAAUGUCAAAGCAAAAGGCUUGGAUUUGGGUGGCAAAGGAGGGAUCCAAGUCCCAGGAGUGGAUGUUUCGUCUUCUCUUGGGACUGGCUCAGUAGAGGUACAGGGCCCAUCCCUCCAGAGUGGUGAUAUUGGGAAAAUUAAAAUUCCUACCAUGAAGGUGCCAAAAUUUGGUGUCUCAGCAGGCCUGGAGGGCCAGAUUCCAGAGGUAGGGCUGAAUGUUUCUGCACCUGAAUUCUCUGUGGGACACAAGGGUGACAAGCCAGGCUUGGCUACUGGGGGAAACAUCCAGGUUCCUCACCUGGAACUAAAUCCCUCCUCUGUCAAUAUUGAGGGGCUUGAGGGGAAGCUGAAGGGUCCCCAAAUCACUGGGCCAUCACUUGAGGGUGACUUAGGCCUGAAAGGUACCAAGCUGCAAGGGAACAUAGGAAUGGAUGCCUGUGCUUCCAAAAUCGAGGGCAGCAUCACUGGUCCUAGUGUGGAAAUUGGAACCCCUGAUGUUGAUGUUCAUGGGCUAGGGGGCAAACUGAAUAUGCCCAAGAUGAAAGUCCCUAAGUUCUCUGCAUCAGGUUCAAAGGGAGAGGGAGUUGGCCUUGAUGUGACACUGCCCACAGGUGAAGUGACCCUUCCUGGGGUCUCUGGGGAUAUCAAUCUGCCUGAGAUUGCUACUGGUGGGCUUGAAGGGAAAAUGAAGGGUGCUAAAGUCAAGACUCCUGAAAUGAUUGUCCAGAAACCUAAAAUCUCCAUGCAGGAUGUGGAUCUGAGCCUGGGGUCCUGUAAACUGAAAGGAAAUAUGAAGGCAUCUGCUCCUGAGGUGAAAGGUGAUGUUAAAGGCCCUCAGGUGGCAGUUAAAGGCUCCAGAGUGGACAUAGAGACACCAAACUUAGAGGGGACUUUGACAGGUCCCAAGCUCAGCAGCCCUUCUGGAAAAAUAGGGGCCUGUAGGAUUUCUAUGGCAGAUGUAGACUUAAAUGUAGCUGCACCGAAAGGGAAAGGGGGUGUAGAUGUCAUUCUCCCCAAAAUAGAAGGAAAAGCCAAAGGUCCUGAAGUUGAUGUCAAAGGCCCCAAAAUGGACAUCAGUGCUCCAGAUGUGGAAGUCCAUGGUCCAGAAUGGAACUUGAAGAUGCCCAAGUUCAGUGUCCCAGGAGUCAAAGGAGAAGGCCCAGAUGUAAAUGUUACUCUGCCCAAAGGAGAUAUUAGUAUUUCAGGGCCUAAGGUCAAUGUAGAAGCUCCAAAUGUCAACAUGGAGGGUCUUGGUGGCAAACUUAAAGGCCCUGGUGUUAAUCUUCCUGAAGUCAGUGUCAAGGCUCCAAAGAUUUCUAUGCCUGAUGUGGAUCUCCAUAUCAAAGGGCCAAAGGUGAAGGGAGAGUAUGAUGUAACAACACCAAAGCUUGAGGGAGAACUGAAAGGCUCCAAAGUGGACAUUGAUACCCCACAAGUGGAUGUUCAUGGCCCAGACCUGAAGAUUCCCAAAAUGAAAAUGCCCAAAUUCAGUGUGCCAGGGUUCAAAGCAGAGGGCCCAGAAGUUGAUGUGAACCUGCCCAAGGCUGACCUUGACAUUUCUGGGACUAAAGUGGAGGUCAGUGCUCCAGAUGUAAGCAUUGAAGGACCAGAAGGGAAGUUGAAAGGACAUAAGUUUAAAAUGCCUGAAAUGAAUAUCAGAGCUCCAAAGAUCUCCAUGCCAGAUGUGGACUUACACUUAAAAGGCCCCAAUGUAAAGGGAGAAUAUGAUGUCACAGUGCCAAGGGCAGAAGGUGAGAUUAAAGUUCCUGAUGUUGAACUUAAAAGUGCUAAACUGGACAUUGAUGUUCCAAAUGUGGAUGUUCAAGGUCCUGAAUGGCAUAUGAAGAUGCCCAAGAUAAAAAUGCCCAAGUUUGGCAUGCCAGGCUUCAAGGCAGAGAGCCCAGAAAUGGAUGUGAAUCUCCCGAAGGCUGACAUUGAUGUCUCAGGACCCAAGGUGGAUGUCAAAGUUGUAGAUGUGAACAUUGAAGGAACUGAAGGAAAGCUGAAGGGUCCUAAGCUGAAGAUGCCUGAGAUGAACAUCAAGGCCCCAAAGAUAUCCAUGCCUGAUGUGGAUUUGCAUAUGAAAGGUCCCAAGGUAAAAGGAGAAUAUGAAGUCACAAUGCCAAAGUUGGAAGGAGACUUGAAAGGCCCCAACGUAGAUGUCAGUGCUUCAGAUGUUGAUGUUCAUGGUCCCGACUGGAACUUGAAAAUGCCAAAGAUUAAAAUGCCCAAAUUCAGCAUGCCUAGUCUCAAAGGAGAAGGCCCAGAGUUGGAUGUGAAGAUGCCCAAGGCUGAUGUGGACAUUUCUGUACCAAAGCUAGAUAUUAGUGCUCCAGAUCUGAACCUUGAGGGACCAGAAGGGAAGUUGAAAGGCCCCAAAUUUAAGAUGCCUGAGAUGCACUUCAAGGCUCCAAAGAUGUCUCUACCAGAUGUGGACCUGGAUCUCAAAGGACCCAAAAUGAAAGGAAAUCUAGACAUAUCUGCACCAAAAAUAGAGGGAGAGAUGAAAGCUCCAGAUGUGGACAUUAAAGGCCCAAGUGUAGAUAUUAAAGCACCAGAAGUGGAUGGGCAAGGUCCAGAAUGGAGCCUGAAGAUGCCAAAGAUGAAAAUGCCCAAGUUCAGUAUGCCUACUCUCAAAGGUGAGGGUCCAGAUGUGGAUGUGAGCCUGCCUAAGGCUUCUAUCGAUGUCUCAGGACCUAAACUUGACAUUGAAACCUCAGAUGUGAGCCUUGAGGGCCCAGAAGGAAAGCUGAAGGGCCCCAAGUUUAAGAUGCCUGACAUGCACUUCAAGGCCCCUAAGAUCUCCAUGCCUGAUGUGGACUUAAACAUGAAAGGCCCCAAAGUCAAGGGGGACAUGGAUGUGACAGUNCCUAAGAUAGAAGGUGAAAUGAAAGUGCCAGAUGUGGACAUCAAAGGCCCUAAAGUGGACAUCAGUGCCCCAGAUGUGGAUGUGCGUGGCCCAGACUGGCACCUGAAGAUGCCCAAGAUGAAAAUGCCCAAGUUCAGCAUGCCUGGCUUCAAAGGAGAGGGCCCAGAAGUGGAUAUGAGCCUGCCCAAGGCUGACAUUGAUGUCUCAGGACCCAAGGUGGACAUUGAUGUACCAGAUGUGAAUAUUGAAGGGCCAGAUGCAAAACUGAAGGGUCCUAAGUUCAAAAUGCCUGAGAUGAACAUCAAGGCUCCCAAGAUCUCGAUGCCAGAUUUACAUCUUAAGGGUCCCAAAGUGAAGAGUGAUGUAGAUGUUUCCCUGCCCAAAGUUGAAGGUGACCUCAAAGGUCCAGAGGUUGACAUCAAAGGUCCCAAAGUGGAUAUCAGUGCUCCAGAUGUGGAUGUACAGGGCCCAGACUGGCACCUGAAGAUGCCCAAGAUGAAAAUGCCCAAGUUCAGCAUGCCUGGCUUCAAAGGAGAGGGCCCAGAAGUGGAUGUGAACCUGCCCAAGGCUGACAUUGAUGUCUCAGGGCCCAAAGUUGAUAUUGAGGCCCCAGAUGUGAGCAUCGAGGGACCAGAAGGGAAGCUGAAGGGUCCCAAGUUUAAGAUGCCUGACAUGCACUUCAAGGCCCCCAAGAUCUCCAUGCCUGAUGUGGACUUGAAUAUUAAGGGGCCCAAAGGAAACGCAGAUGUGGAUGCAUCAUUGCCUGUGGUAGAAGGUGGAGUAAAAGUGCCAGAUGUGGACAUUAAAGGGCCCAAAGUUGGCAUCGAUGCUCCAGAUGUUGAGGUUCAUGGCCCAGACUGGCACCUUAAGAUGCCCAAGGUAAAAAUGCCCAAGUUCAGCAUGCCUGGCUUCAAAGGAGAGGGUCCAGAAGUGGACGUCCCCAAGGCCAACAUUGAUGUUUCAGGACCCAAGGUAGAUAUAGAUGUUCCAGAUGUAAAUAUUGAAGGUCCAGAUACAAAACUAAAAGGUCCAAAAUUUAAGAUGCCAGAAAUGAACAUAAAGCCUCAGAAGAUAUCCAUGCCAGAUGUUAGCUUGAAUUUGAAAGGCCCUAAGGUAAAAGCAGAAUGUGAAGUCUCAGUUCCAAAAGUGGGAGGAGAAAUAAAAGCUCCUGCUGUUGACAUCAAAGGCCCCAAAGUAGAGGCACCAGAUGUGGAAGUUCAUGGCCCAGACUGGCAUUUGAAGAUGCCCAAGGUGAAAAUGCCCAAGUUCAGCAUGCCUGGCUUCAAAGGAGAGGGUCCAGAAGUAGAUGUGAAUCUUCAAAAGGCCAAUAUUGAUGUCUCAGGACCCAAAAUGGACAUUGAUGUUCCAGAUGUGAAUAUUGAAGGGCCAGAAGGGAAACUAAAGGGUCCUAAGUUCAAGAUGCCAAGCGUGAAUAUACAGACACACAAAAUCUCUAUGCCUGAUGUUGGGCUUAAUUUGAAAGGACCUAAACUGAAAAGUGGUGUAGAUGUUUCUCUUCCAAAAGUAGAGGGAGAAUUGAAGGGUCCCGAAGUUGAUGUGGACGUUGGUGAUAUUGAUGUUGAAUGUCCAGAAGGGAAGCUGAAGGGUCCCAAGUUUAAGAUGCCUGACAUGCACUUCAAGGCUCCCAAGAUCUCCAUGCCUGAUGUAGAUUUACACCUGAAAGGCCCCAAAGUCAAGGGGGACAUGGAUGUGACAGUGCCCAAGAUAGAAGGUGAAAUGAAAGUUCCAGAUGUGGACAUCAAAGGCCCUAAAGUGGACAUCAAUGCUCCAGAUGUGGAUGUACGUGGCCCAGACUGGCACCUGAAGAUGCCCAAGGUGAAAAUGCCCAAGUUCAGCAUGCCUGGCUUCAAAGGAGAGGGCCCGGAAGUGGAUGUGAACUUGCCCAAGGCUGACAUUGAUGUCUCAGGACCCAAGGUGGACAUUGAUGUACCAGAUGUGAAUAUUGAAGGUCCAGAUGCAAAGCUGAAGGGUCCUAAGUUCAAGAUGCCAGAGGUGAACAUCAAGGCUCCUAAGAUCUCCAUGCCAGAUUUGAAUCUUAAUCUUAAAGGCCCCAAUGUGAAAGGAGAUGUGGAUGUUUCCAUUCCAAAUAUAGAGGGUGAUUUGAAAGGCCCUUCUCUUGACAUAAAGGCCCCCAAAUUAGAUGUAAAUCCUCCAGAUAUUGAUAUUCAUGGUCCUGAAGGCAAAUUAAAGGGUCCCAAACUGAAAAUGCCUGACAUGCAUGUAAGCAUGCCCAAGAUCUCCAUGCCAGAAAUUGACUUGAAUUUAAAGGGCUCAAAGGUCAAGGGAGAUGUUGAUAUCUCUGGACCGAAACUGGAGGGUGACAUUAAAACUCCCAAAAUGGAUUUGAAGGGCCCAGAAGUGGACAUUUCUGCUCCUAAAGUCAAUAUUGAUGGGAAAGCAAAGAAAUCUCGUUUUAAGCUUCCUAAAUUUAAUUUUUCUGGGUCCAAAGUUCAAACACCUGAAGUGGAUGUCAAACUUAAAAAGCCAGAUGUUGAUAUAACAGCUCCAAAAGUUGAUAUUAAUGCUCCAGAAGUUGAAGUCCAAGGUAAAGUGAAAGGAUCCAAGUUUAAAAUGCCUUUCCUGAGCAUUUCAUCUCCCAAAGUCUCCAUGCCCGAUGUGGAGCUAAACUUGAAAGGUCCUAAAGUUAAAGGAGACUUAGAUGCAACAGGCCCAAAUUUAGAAGGAGACUUCAAAGGUCCCAAAGUGGACAUUAAAGCACCAGAUGUUCAACUUAAUGCACCAGAUGUGGAUGUUCAUGGUCCAGAAUGGAAUCUGAAAAUGCCUAAAAUGAAAAUGCCCAAGUUCAGUGUGUCUGGCAUAAAAGCAGAAGGGCCUGAUGUGGCUGUGGAUUUACCAAAAGGAGACAUCAAUAUAGAAGGUCCCAGUAUGAAUAUUGAGGGCCCAGAACUCAAUGUGGAAUGUCCAGAGGGAAGCUUAAAAGGCCCCAAAUUUAAGAUGCCUGAGAUGAACAUCAAGGCCCCCAAGAUCUCCAUGCCUGACAUUGACUUAAACCUGAAAGGCCCCAAAGUGAAGGGUGAUGUGGACAUGUCUCUGCCCAAAGUGGAAGGUGAGAUUAAAGUUCCUGAAGUUGACAUUAAAGGCCCCAAAGUGGACAUUGAUGUUCCAGAUGUNGAUGUUCAUGGCCCAGACUGGCACCUGAAGAUGCCCAAGGUGAAAAUGCCCAAGUUCAGCAUGCCUGGCUUCAAAGGAGAGGGUCCAGAAGUGGAUGUGAACCUGCCCAAGGCUGACCUUGAUGUUUCAGGACCCAAGAUGGACAUUGAUGUUCCUGAUGUGAAUGUUGAGGGUCCAGAUAUGAAAGUAAAAGGUUCCAAAUUCAGGAUGCCUGAGAUUAACAUCAAGGCUCCCAAGAUCUCUAUGCCUGAUGUUGAUCUGGAGUUAAAAGGACCCAAAGUAAAAGGAGCCUUUGAUGGGUCUGUCCCUAAGAUUGAAGGUACUCUCAAAGGGCCGGAAGUAGAUCUGAAAGGUCCAGGUCUGGAUUUUGAAGGCCCUGAUGCUAAACUUAGUGGGCCUAACGUGAAGAUGCCAUCGCUGGAGCUAUCUGUUCCUAAAAUAACUGGGCCUGAUGCUAAUGUGCACCUUAAGACACCAAAAGUUGGAAUUUCUGCACCUAAGUUAGGAGGUGGUGAGGUAGACCUCAAGGGGCCUAAAGUUGAUAUAGAAACUCCAAGCUUAGAUGUCCACAUGGAGAGCCCAGAUAUUAAUAUUGAGGGGCCAGAUGUUAAAGUUCCGAAGUUUAAGAAACCCAAGUUUGGAUUUGGUGCAAAAAGCCCCAAAGCUGACAUCAAGACACCCACAGUUGAUGUGACUGUCCCUGAAGCAGAGCUGAGUAUUGAUUCUCCUGAAAUAAACAUUGGUGGCAAGGUCAAGAAAAGCAAGUUUAAAAUGCCUAAAAUUCACAUGAGUGGUCCUAAAGUUAAGGCCAAAAAACAGGGAUUUGAUUUGAAUAUUCCUGGAGGUGAGACUGAUGCCGGUCUCAAAGCUCCCGACGUAGACGUCAGUGUUACAGGGCCUGAUGCUGCACUCAAAACUGAAGUAAAAUCUCCCAAAGUCAAGAAAACUAUGUUUGGAAAAAUGUACUUUCCAGAUGUAGAAUUCGACAUUAAGUCACCUAAAUUUAAAGCAGAGGCUCCCCUACCUAGCCCCAAGCUGGAGGGUGAAAUCAAGGUACCAGAUGUGGAUAUUUCUUCACCAGGGAUUAAUGUGGAAGCUCCUGAUAUUCAUGUGAAGGCUCCCAAGUUCAAGGUGCCAGGCAUGGAAGCCUCAGGGCCAAAGAUAGAGGGCAACUUGAAAAGUCCCAAGGUGCAGGCAAACUUGGACACACCUGACAUCAACAUCGAAGGCCCUGAAGCUAAAAUCAAAGCACCCUCGUUUAGUAUUUCUUCUCCUCAAGUCUCCGUACCUGAUGUGAAUGUCAAUUUGAAAGGACCAAAGAUAAAGGGUGAUGUUCCCAGUGUGGGGCUGGAAGGACCUGACAUAGAUCUACAAGGUCCAGAAGGGAAAAUCAAGUUCCCUAAGUUUUCCUUGCCCAAGAUCAGUGCCCCGGGAGUGAAAAUGGAAGGUGGGAGUGCUGAGAUCCAUGCUCAGAUGCCCUCUCUUGAAGGAGGGUUGAGCACAUCAGAUAUGAAGCUUGAAGGGCCUGAUCUGUCUCUAAAAGGCCCAGGAGUAGAUUUGCCUUCGGUGGACCUCUCUAUGCCAAAAGUGUCUGGGCCUGAUCUUGACCUGAACUUGAAAGGACCAAGUUUGAAGGGAGACCUGGGUGCCUCCAGUCCCAGCAUGAAGCUUCAUGCCCCAGGUCUUGACCUCAAAGGUGUUGGUGGAAAAGUACAUAUAGGAGCAGAUGGUGUGAAAAUGUCAGGGAUUGAUGCCACAACAGCACUCAGUGUGGGGGCACCAGAUGUAACACUGAAGGGACCAAGUCUACAGGGAGAUCUGGCUGUGUCUGGAGACAUCAAAUGCCCUAAAGUAUCUGUGGCUACUCCUGAUCUUAGCUUGGAGGCCUCAGAAGGUGGUGUCAAACUUCCCCACAUGAAGCUGCCUCAGUUUGGCAUCUCCACUCCGGGAUCCGACUUGGACAUUAACAUCAAGGGGCCACAAGUUUGUGGAGAACUAAAAGGGUCAGGGAUGGAUGUGAAUCUGAAAGGGCCUCAGAUCUCAGCACCAAGCAUGGACUUUAACUUGGAAGGACCAAAAGUGAAGGGAAGCCUGGGGGCCACGGGUGAAUUAAAAGGCCCAGCGAUUGGGGGAGGUCUUCCAGGCAUCAGUAUUCAAGGCCCAGAAGGAAACCUCCAAAUGCCUGGAAUUAAGGCUUCUGGGUGUGAUGUGAAACUCUCAUCAGGGCAGAUUUCUGGUCCCGAAAUUAAAGGAGAUCUGAAAGGUUCAGGAAUAGGUCUCCAUGGGGCUGUUCCUGAUAUCAGUGUCAAGGGGCCUUCCUUUAAUGUGGCAUCUCCUGAGUCAGAUUUUGGUGUCAGCUUGAAGGGCCCCAAAGUCAAAGGAGGUGUAGAUGUUUCAGGGGGUAUCAGUGUCCCAGAUAUCAACCUGGGUGAAGGGCAUAUGAGUGUCAAAGGCUCUGGAGUUGAGUGGAAGGGACCCCAAGUCUCCUCUUCUCUAAACUUGGAUACAUCUAAGCUUGCUGGGAACCUUCAUUUCUCAGGACCAAAGAUAGAAGGAGAUGUGAAAGGGGGCCAGAUCGGACUCCAGGGCCCCGGGCUGAGUGUGUCUGGGCCUCAAGGUCACUUGGAAAGUGAAUCUGGAAAAGUAACAUUCCCCAAGAUGAAGAUCCCUAAGUUUACCUUCUCUGGCCGUGAGCUCAUUGGUAGAGAAGUAGGAGUGGAUGUCAACUUCCCUAAAGUGGAGGCCAAUGUGCAGGCUGGUGCUGGAGAAGGUGAGUGGGAAGAGUCUGAAGUAAAACUGAAAAAAUCCAAAAUCAAAAUGCCCAAGUUUACCUUUUCUAAAUCGAAAGGGAAAGGUGGUGUCACUGGCUCACCUGAAGCAUCCAUUUCUGGGUCCAAAGGGGACCUGAAGAGCUCAAAGGCCAGCUUGGGCUCUCUGGAAGGAGAAGUGGAAGCGGAAGCAUCUUCGCCCAAAGGUAAAUUCUCCCUAUUUAAAAGUAAGAAGCCAAGACAUCGCUCCAACUCCUUCAGCGAUGAGAGGGAGUUCUCAGCGCCUUCCACCCCAACGGGGACUUUGGAGUUUGCAGGUGGAGAAGUUAAAGGCAAGCAUGGAAAGCUGAAGUUUGGUACCUUUGGUGGCUUGGGAUCAAAGAGCAAAGGUCAUUACGAGGUUACUGGGAGUGACGAUGAGGCAGGCAAGUUACAGGGGAGUGGAGUGUCCUUGGCCUCGAAGAAGUCCCGACUGUCUUCCUCCUCUAGCAACGACAGUGGGACCAAGGUUGGGAUCCAGCUUCCUGAGGUAGAACUAUCAGUUUCCACAAAGAAAGAGUAGUGGGCCUUCAUGUAUGUACAUAUAUAUAUAUAUAAAACAUCAGCCUUGGGUGUGUUUGUAUAUAAACUCCAAAGAGAAACACCCCAAUAGUCUAAGCAAUAAUGCAAAGAUCUUGCCCCUGCCAGUGGCAAGUGCCGACAAACCAAGUGCCUGUAGGCUCCUGGGACUCUGCAGCUAGGUGAAGUUCUAAGCCCAUCUGGCCCACCUGCAAAGUCAACAGUAUUGCCUUAAGAUUUCAGUUGUUUUUUGGUUUCUGUUUUCUUUUCUUUUUCUUUUUCUUUUUUUUUUUUUCUUUGCAUUGAACGCUGAGAGCUCGUGUUUACUAAGCAAGCUUUUGUGUUUAUCUUCCUUAUUUUUUACUGAAUAUCUUCAGUACCUGGGUUAUUGAAACCCACUCUUUUUUCAUUGUAAUGGACUUUGGGGGCUUUUGUGAGUAAGGGAGGGUGGGAUAAAAAGUGGCAGAGGGAGCAAGGUCUUAAUUGCUCUGAAGGUUGGACCUGUGAAGCCCUGGCAUAGCCCUGAAGAGGUGGCAGCCAGUGGGUGGUUGUUUUUCCAUCUCUGUAGCAUGACCUUUUAAUCCCCAGGUGUGUUAGUCCCAGCCUAGUUUGGUGCUCAAGGUGAGAGGGGAUUUGAAUCUGUUUGCAAAUUGUCCAACCCACUAGGUCAACGUGAGGGGCUUACAUUCUGGGUUUGAUAAGAAGAGUGUUCAUUCAUGACUGCUAUGUCCUGGGAAAAGUUCCGAUUUCUUUUAACAAAUGUCAUCAUGAUUAAGGAAAUGUCUGGCACUUUAAUGGCAAAUUAAUUGAGAAUGUAUGAAAGUCAUGAAUGUACAAGCCAAAUAAAGCUCUUUAUUAACCCUGA